AUGAUGCUGGCCCAUCUGCCAGGCGCUACUCCUGGUGGAAUAAUUAAUGCUACAUCCGGGUCUAUUAUAGCUCCCGGGAUAGGUGUAACCAAUUCAACUGCAAGCGCUACUGCGGCUGCCGCUGCUGCCGUUCAGACGCAAUCUCAGCUAAAUGCGGCUAAUAUGCUGGCCACUUGGCCAUACAGUAUAACUUCUGGACUGACUGAAAUCGGUUUACCAACAACACCAGCUCUAGGACCGAGCUUUACAGCUGUGACACAAAAGGCUGAAGUUCGUAGCCUUUUGGCAAAGUUAGUGCAUUGA